AUGGCGCCUGCUAGCAGUACGGACUCUGACUCGGUCGGCGAAGUUGAGCAGGAGAUGGCGAAGGUGACUUCGCUUGCUCAACUGACUGAGAAGUGGGACGAUACUAUUCGGUUCUAUCUUAACGGCACGAAGGUCGCUGUCGACACCGUUAACCCAGAACUGACCUUGUUGGAAUACCUGCGAGGUGUUGGCUUGACUGGGACUAAGCUCGGGUGUGCUGAAGGAGGUUGUGGUGCUUGCACAGUGGUCGUUUCCCACCUUAACCAAACAACGACGAAGAUCUACCAUGCUUCAGUCAACGCCUGCCUUGCUCCCCUCGUAUCGAUCGACGGCAAGCAUGUUAUAACGGUUGAAGGACUGGGUGAUGUGAAGAAGCCCCACGCGGUUCAGCAACGGAUCGCGGUCGGUAAUGGCAGCCAGUGCGGCUUCUGUACACCUGGAAUUGUUAUGAGUCUGUACGCAUUGCUACGAAAUGAUCCAACUCCCUCAGAACACGCAGUCGAAGAAGCGUUCGAUGGCAACUUGUGUCGUUGCACUGGAUACCGACCGAUCCUGGAUGCUGCGCAGAGCUUCAACUCGCGCAACAACUGUGGCAUGUCCAAAGCCAACGGAGGAUCCGGUUGCUGUAUGGAGAAGAAGGACGGUGGUUGCUGCAAGGAUUCUUCAGCUACUGAGGAGAAUGAGGUGGUGGAACCCAUCUUCCCCGCGCCUGAGUUCAAGAAGUACAGUCCCGACACAGAACUGAUUUUCCCGGCGGCCCUACGAAAGCAUGAAUUCCAGCCACUGGUCUUUGGUAACAAGAGAAAGAAGUGGUACCGGCCUGUGACUGUGGAGCAGCUGUUGCAGAUCAAGCAUAUCCACCCCGAGGCGAAGUUGAUCGGUGGAAGCACAGAGACCCAGAUCGAGAUCAAAUUCAAGGCUAUGCGCUAUUCCGCCUCUGUCUACUUGGGCGACAUUCCCGAACUGCGACAGUUCACCUUCCACGAUGACUGCCUGGAAAUUGGCGCCAACGUAUCGCUAACCGACCUGGAGCAUGUCUGUGAACAGGCCGUAGAACGCUACGGGCCGACUCGCAGCCAGCCAUUCAAGGCAAUCAAGAAGCAGCUUCAGUACUUUGCGGGACGUCAAAUCCGAAAUGUCGCGUCGCCUGCUGGUAACUUGGCUACUGCCUCUCCAAUCUCUGAUCUCAACCCUGUACUCGUGGCGACAAAUACUAUCCUGAUUGCCAAGUCACUUGAAGGAGAGAAAGAAAUUCCCAUGACCGAGUUCUUCCAAGGCUACCGUAAAACGGCUUUGGCUCCCGACUCCAUCAUCGCCAGGUUGCGGAUCCCGGUUGCCCAGGAAAAGGGAGAGCACAUUCGCUCCUACAAGCAGGCUAAGCGAAAGGACGACGACAUUGCGAUCGUCAACGCUACGCUUCGUGUGUCGCUGUCCGAGACAAAUGAAGUAAGCAGCUGCAAUCUCGUUUUCGGUGGCAUGGCUGCCAUGACGGUCUCGGCGAAGAACGCGCAGGAAGCGCUUAUCGGCAAGAAGUUCACCAAUCCUGAAACACUCGAGGAUGUGAUGACCGCCCUUGAGAAAGACUUCAGUCUGCCCUAUGGCGUGCCUGGUGGAAUGGCCACCUAUCGAAAGUCUUUGGCAAUGGGCUUCUUCUACCGAUUCUAUCACGACGUCCUCUCGGGGCUCGAAGUUAGGGCAUCCGACCUAGAUGCAGACGUAGUCGCUGAAAUUGAAAGAGCGAUUUCCACUGGGUCAAAGGACCAUGAAGCGUCCGUUGCCUAUCAACAAAAGAUCCUAGGCAAAGCUACCCCUCACGUCGCAGCUCUCAAGCAGUCUACCGGUCAAGCCCAGUACACUGACGACAUCCCCGUUCAACAAAACGAGCUUUUCGCCUGCAUGGUCCUUUCUACCAAAGCACAUGCAAAGAUCCUGAGUGUUGACGCCUCCGCAGCACUUGAGAUCCCCGGAGUUGUCGACUAUGUUGACCACACAGACCUGCCCAACCCACAAGCAAACUGGUGGGGAGCACCCGUUUGUGAUGAGCUUUUCUUUGCUGUUGACGAGGUUAAUACUGCUGGUCAGCCAAUCGGUGUGAUUGUAGCACAGACCGCCAAGAUUGCCGAGGAAGGUAUGAGAGCUGUCAAGGUUGAAUAUGAGGACCUUCCUGUCAUCUUGAGCAUGGAAGAGGCCAUUGAGGCAGAGUCUUUCUUCGGUCAUUAUCGCUUCAUCAAGAAUGGUGACACGGAAGAGGGUUUCAAGCAGGCUGACCAUAUCUUUACUGGUGUCUCUCGCAUGGGUGGUCAAGAGCACUUCUACUUGGAGACUCAAGCUUGUGUUGCCAUCCCCAAGCCCGAAGAUGGUGAGAUUGAGGUCUGGAGUGGCACUCAGAAUCCCACAGAGACUCAAGCAUAUAUUGCUCAGGUAUGCGGGGUAGCCGCUAACAAGGUUGUCUCUCGCGUUAAGCGACUUGGAGGUGGAUUCGGCGGCAAGGAAACGCGCUCUGUCCAGCUGGCUGGAAUUUGUGCCACUGCCGCGAAGAAGCUUAACCGACCGGUGCGAUGCAUGCUAAACCGUGACGAGGAUAUCUUGACGUCGGGUCAGCGCCAUCCCUUCCUCUGUCAUUGGAAGGUUGGUGUCACCAAGGAGGGAAAGAUCCUUGCUCUCGAUGCGGACGUAUUCGCCAACGGUGGCCACACUCAAGACUUGUCGGGUGCGGUCGUCGAACGAAGCUUGUCUCACAUUGAUGGUGUCUAUAAGAUCCCCAAUAUCUAUGUUCGGGGUCGAAUUUGCAAGACAAACACCGUGUCCAACACGGCGUUCCGUGGCUUCGGUGGACCGCAGGGUCUGUUCUUCGCGGAGUGCUAUAUCUCCGAGAUUGCCGAUCAUCUCGGAAUUUCACCAGAGCAUAUGCGUGCUAUCAACAUGUACAAGCCUGGUGAAACCACACACUUCAAUCAGGAGCUCAAGGAUUGGUAUGUGCCUCUGAUGUACAACCAAGUCCUGGAGGAGAGCAACUACAUGGAGCGCCGCAAGGCUGUUGAGGAGUACAACAAGGAGCACAAGUGGUCCAAACGCGGCAUGGCUAUUGUGCCGACCAAAUUCGGUAUUUCUUUCACGGCGCUGUUCUUGAACCAGGCUGGUGCUCUGGUCCACAUCUAUCAUGACGGCAGUGUCCUUGUGGCUCACGGAGGUGUCGAGAUGGGCCAGGGACUCCACACCAAGAUGACUAUGAUCGCCGCCGAGGCUUUGAGUGUGCCACAAGAUAACGUCUUCAUUGCUGAGACAGCAACGAACACCGUUGCCAACACCUCCUCCACAGCAGCAUCUGCCAGUUCCGAUCUGAAUGGUUACGCCAUUUUCAAUGCCUGCGAGCAGUUGAAUGAGCGACUCCGUCCCUUCCGUGAGAAGAUGCCCAAUGCGACUAUGAAAGAGCUCGCGCACGCAGCAUACUUUGCCCGUGUCAACCUCUCCGCACAGGGUUACUACCGCACUCCCGACAUCGGUUACGUGUGGGGUGAGAACUCGGGCCAGAUGUUCUUCUACUUCACGCAGGGUAUCACCGCAGCUGAAGUCCAGAUUGACACUUUGACUGGAGAUUGGACUCCCCUGCGCGCCGAUAUCAAGAUGGACGUUGGUCGCACCAUCAACCCAUCCAUUGACUAUGGCCAGAUCGAAGGCGCCUACGUCCAGGGUCAGGGCCUCUUUACUACCGAAGAAAGUUUGUGGCACCGCGCCUCGGGCCAAAUCUUCACCCGUGGCCCGGGUAACUACAAGAUUCCCGGCUUCCGCGAUAUCCCUCAGGUUUUCAAUGUUAGCCUGCUGAAGGAUGUGGAGUGGGAGAAUCUGCGCACAAUCCAGCGUUCCCGUGGUAUCGGUGAACCGCCCCUUUUCAUGGGCAGCGCUGUGUUCUUCGCUAUUCGUGAUGCACUGAAGGCAGCUCGCAAGCAGUGGGGAGUUGAGGAGGUACUGAGCUUGGUUAGCCCUGCUACACCAGAGCGUAUUCGUAUUAGCUGUGCUGAUCCGAUUGUUGAGAGGGCACGGGUGACUCCUAAGGAGGGCGAGAAGAGUUUCUUUGUUGCUAUUUAG